ACCAUGAUAACAUGGUGACUGUCCAGAAUGGUAUACAGUAUUGGACAGUUCCCCACACUGGUACAUACGAAAUCAAAACAGUUGGUGCGGCUGGAGGGUACGAUACACUCGGAUCAGCAGCGCGAGGUCGGGGUGCUUACAUGAGAGGAGAAUUUGAACUGAACAAAGGAGAUGUAUUGAAAAUAUUGGUUGGACAAGAGGGUGGUAUAAAUUCUGCCAGCCAAACAUCAGGAGGGGGUGGCGGAACAUUCGUAGCUACGUCAUCGAACACCCCGGUUAUUAUUGCUGGCGGUGGAGGUGGAAUUGAAAAUCUCCAAACAAGGUUAACACGCUGUGAUGCAAGUACAGGAACAUCCGGAAGAAAAAAUCAGUGUAAAAACAGCUGUAUUAUUUGGUCAGGCGGUGUUAACGGAAAAGGUGCUUUGGUAGCAGAUACUGACAACUCAG